AUGGGUCCACCUAGUCCCGGCCCACCGCUCAGCCUCCCUCCGCCCUACCAAUCUCUGCCCCACCUCCUCCAGCCCCACCGCCACCGCCUCCCGCUCCGCCGCCUCCUCGCGGCGCACGCGCUCGCCGCCGUCGCUGGGCACCUCUCCGUUCGGGACCCGCGCCCGCACACCCUCCUCCUCGUCGCCUACUCCCGCCUCGCGCGCCCCUUCCCCGCCGCGCUCCUCCUCCUCUUCCGCUCCUCCCUCCGCCUCUCCGUCGCGCCCACCCGCCACUCCCUCCCGCUCGCCGUCUCAGCCGCCUCCUCCGCGGGCCACCGCUGCUACCUGAGGCUCGCGCUCUCCCUCCACGCUGUCGCGGUCGCCUGGAACCUCCUCCCGUUCCCGCACGUGGCCAACACGCUCGUCGCCCUGUACGCGAGGCACGCGCUCCCGGACGCCGCGCGCAGGGUGUUCGAGGAAAUGCUCUCUGCCCCUGACGUCGUCUCCUACAACACGCUGAUGCACGCGUACGUAAACGCCGGGAGGGUAGGCGUUGCUCGGAAGGUGUUCGAGGAGAUGCCCAUUCGGGACGCCACGUCCUGGGGCACGGUGAUCGCCGGUUGCGCCAAGGCGGGGCGGCUCGAGGAGGCGGUGGGACUAUUUGACCGGAUGAGGGAGGAGGGUUUCAGGCCUGACAGUGUCGCCCUGGUGGCGGUGCUUUCAUGCUGUGCGCAGCUAGGGGCGCUGGACAAGGGCCAGGAGGUGCAUCAGUACAUCAAGCUGAGCAGGACCCGUCCCAACGUGUUCUUGUGCACAGGGCUUGUUGAUCUCUAUGCCAAGUGUGGGUGCGUCGAGGAGGCUAGGGAGGUGUUCAAGGCCUGCCAGGACAGGAACGUGUUCACGUGGAAUGCUCUCAUUGUUGGGCUGGCGAUGCAUGGCCACGGAACAGUGGCGCUUGAGUUCUUCCACCAGAUGGUGGCUGAUGGAAUCCAGCCAGACGGGGUCACUCUCUUGGGGAUGCUGAUUGCUUGUAGCCACACUGGCCUUGUGGACAUGGCAAGGCGCAUCUUUUGUGACAUGGAGGGCAAGCACAAUGUGCACCGGGAACUGAAACACUAUGGGUGUAUGGCCGACUUGCUUGGUCGUGCUGGACUGAUCGAAGAAGCAAUGGAAAUGGUCAGGAAGAUGCCCAUGGAAGGGGACAGUUAUGUGUGGGGAGGCAUACUUGCUGGAUGUAGGAUGCAUCGGAACGUGGAGGCCGCUGAGGUUGCAGCUUGGCAUUUGUUGCAACUGAAUCCAGGUGACAGUGGGGUGUACUCUGCAAUGGCUGGGAUCUAUGCAGAUGCCGGCAGGUGGGAGGAUGUCGCAAGGAUUAGAAUGUUAAUGGAUGAAAGGAUUGGCAGGAGGAAUGCUGGCUGCAGUUCAGUUACAACAUAA